UAUUUAAAUAAUUGUUUGGAAUGUUCUUUUAAAAAAAGUAUCAGUAUUAUAUUCUACAAACAACAUGGAAACGUUUGAAAUUUUCUUCUUUUUAGUACUCGCUCACACAUGUGCAACAGUAAGUGGAACUGUCGAUAUUCCUGUGAAAACGCCAAACAAUGAAUGGUGGUCAAAAACUAUACUUUAUCAGGUGUAUCCUAGGUCAUUUAAGGAUACUAAUAAAGACGGCAUCGGAGAUUUAAAAGGAAUCACGCAGAAGCUUGAUCAUUUCGUUGAUCUUGGCAUCGAGACAUUGUGGAUUGGACCGUUUUUUAAAUCACCCAUGGAUGAUAUGGGAUAUGAUGUAGAAGAUUUUAAAGAAAUUGAUCCUCUGUUUGGUACCAUGGCAGAUUUUGAAGAAUUGAUUUUAGAAAUGAAAAAACGAAAUCUAAAGUUAGUAACAGAUCUUAUACCGAACCAUUCAAGUUAUAAAUCUGAAUGGUUUCAAAAAUCAAUCAAAAAUGAUCCCGUGUAUGCUGACUACUAUAUUUGGCAUAAUGCUUCGAACCAAAAUGAAGUUCUUAAAAAUUCAUCAAUUAAACCAAUACCUCCUAACAAUUGGAUGAGUGUAUUUGGAGGGUCUGGUUGGACAUGGAAUACAGAGAGAAAUCAAUUUUACUAUCAUCAAUUUAGUCCAAAACAACCAGACUUUAAUAUAAGGAAUAAAAAAAUUCAACAAGAAUUGUUGGAUAUAAUGGAAUUUUGGUUGGAUAAAGGCAUUCUUGGAUUCCGAAUCGACGCUCUAAAACAUUUAUUUGAAACUGAAGAAUUAACAGAUGAACCGUUUUUACCAGGAAAAGAAAGUUCGACUAAUUACGAUGAUAUGAUUCACAACUGUACUGUAGAUCAACCUGAGGUCUAUGCACUUAUUCAGGAUUGGAGAGAAUUUGUGAUUAAUUAUGCUACUCGCAAAAAUCUAAAUAUGUCCAUAUUUCUAGCCACAGAAUCGUACUCGAAAAUAAAUAUAUUAAUGCAAUACUACGGAAAUUCAACGAGACCUGGAGCUCAAGCACCAUUCAACUUUGGAUUAUUAACUGUUGAUCCAAAUAAAUACGUGGAUUCUAUUGAAAGUAAAAUUCAAGUUUGGAUGAAAAAUAUGCCAGAUGGUACUAUUGCCAACUGGGUGAUGGAAAAUCAUGACAAUUUCAGAAUACCGACUAAAUUUGGUCCUGAAUUGGUACAGAUGUUUAAUGCUCUGAAAUUAGCUCUUCCCGGUAUAGAUGUGACAUAUUAUGGUGGUGAAAUAGGCAUGCACAACACAUUCGUGAGAAAAGAUCAAAUAAAAGAUCCUAAUAAUGCAGGUGGUAUAAGAGCAGAUGAAUCAAGAGAUUAUGAAAGAACCCCAAUGCAAUGGGACGACUCGGUAAAUGCAGGAUUCACCGAAGAAAAGUACUCGUGGUUACCAGUAAAUCCGAAUUAUUACCAAGUAAAUGUUAAAACACAAAAAACUAUUCCAACAAGUAACUACAACUUUUACAAAAAAAUGUCUCAACUUCGACACACUGAAACAUUGAGACACGGUGGUCUACAAACGUUCAAUAUUAGUGAUUCGAUUUAUAUUGUUAAGAGGUAUUUACCCGAUCAUGAAACGUACCUAGUCGUGUUGAACUUUGCUAGUGAAACUGAAACGGUAAUCAUAUCAAAUGUCAUAAAGAAUAUUGAGAACGAGACCUUAUAUGUAUAUUUGGCGAGUGAAAAUUCUGCGUACACCGAAGGCUAUACCGUAUCUGCCAACUCUUCGAGUGGACAUCUAUUGGUUCUGCGACCAAAGGCUGUUGUCGUGUUAACAAAUAAAUUUAUCGAAGCACCAGUAAUACAACAGACCGGAAAUAGUGGGACACAGAUCAAUUGUACAAUUAUUAGUUUUAUCUGCGCUAUUAUUUUCGGAAUAUACUCUCAAUAAACUCUUCGUUUAUAGUUGUAUAGUUGGUUAUAAUUUAUUUAAUUUAAGAUUUUAUAAGAAAAAAAAUGUUGUAUGCCUAAUAUUCGUGGCGUGUGCGAAUGGUUUCUUCAAAUAAAUCCAGCCUUUUUGAUCAACACGAA